AUGAUUCUUAUUGAAAAACAGUCGCCACCUUUGCACUUCGUUGAUGAAAGCAAAGCGUUUUAUCUAUUUUUGAAACUUUUCAUAAGUAUUGUUGCCUUAGGUUCAGGAGUGACUAUAACUGCUGUUCACCCAGGAACACCAGUCCCAAGCAACCUAACCCGCGAGCAUUUUUUGGGAAACGUUUUCCUACGCAAUGUGAUCCUGCCUCCGGUUUUUCAUCUCUUCUGUCGGACGACUACUCAAGCUGCUCAGACAUCAGUCUACUGUGCUUGCUCUGAAGAGUGCGGCUGUGUCACCGGCCAGUAUUUUGAGAACGUGCGUUUGGCAACGCCGACCAGUGCAGCACAGGAUGCAGAUGCCGCAGCACGACUGUGGUGUAUGUCAUGCCAGAUGCUUUCGAUUCCUGAAGAAUGGUAG